CCCUCUGUGAAAACUUCAACCUAAUUUUGAGACAUUUUGGGAAAAGUCUUCGUGAACUUAAGAGGGUAGAGGUGUCACAGCUGACCAUGAGGACCAGCGUCCUGCUCAUGUUCCUUUUGGGAGUAGCCUGCGCUCUUCCAGUAGCAAGGUACCAAAAUAUUGAAUCUGAGAGCUCUGAAGAAUGGAAGGGCCAUUUAACUCCGGCAAAACCAACACCAGUCAUGGAAGGCAAUGAGUCAUCAGAAGAAAGUAAAGUUAGCUCAGAGGAACAGCUCCAGGCCUACCAAGACCCCAGUGAUAGCGCCAAGUCAGAGGAGGACCUGGGCCCUGACAGUCACCAGUACAUUCACAGACCAGCUGGUGGCCUCUCUAGGAGUACAGGAAAAGGGGAUGACAAAGCUGAUGAUGAAGAUGACAGUGGAGAUGACACCUUGGGUGAGGAUGACAAUGGUCCAAGGCCUGAAGACAGGCAAGAAGAUGGAAAGUCCAGACAGGGAAGCGAUGAGAAUUCAGCAGACACCACAGAAUCCAGUGAAGACAGGGCCCCAGAAGGGCAAGACAGUGCCCAAGACACCAGCAGUGAGAGUCGGGACCUUGACAAGGACAAGGUGGACAACAGGUCCAAGGGAGGGGACCUCACGAGUGAGAGUGAGGAGCACUGGGAUGGGGACAGCAGCCAUGGGGAUGGCUCCGAGUUCCACGAUGAAGGACUGCAGAGCGAUGACCCCAACAGCAUCGGAAGCGAGAGAGGCAGCUCCAGAAUGCUUGGUGCCGGGGUCCAGUCCAAGAAAUCGGCCAGCGACGCAGAGCAAGGCAACACUCAGGGUGACAGCCAAUCCUCGGAGCACCCCCGUGGGAAACUUUCCCGAAAGUCCCGCAUUUCUCAGGAAGAUGACAGAGAUGAGCUUGAUGACAGCAACACAGUGGAAGAAGUCCAGAGUGACUCCACAGAAGACGCCAUUUCCAAAGAGGCCAGCCGUGGCCAGUCCAGAGAGCAUAGUGACAGUGAAUCCCCGGAGGACAGCCCGGAGACUCUGUCGAAGGAGGAUGGUCACCAUGCACAGGACCUCAGCAGCGAGUCUAGUCAAGAGGGCGACCUGCUGUCCAGAGAGAGCAGCAGUGAGUCUCAGGAAGAGGUCGUGAGUGAGUCCAGGGGCGACAACCCAGAUAACACUACCGGCCACUCAGAAGGCAAGGACAACAGUGAGUCCAGCGAGGAGAACAGCCAGAAUACGUCUUCCACAUCAGAAAGUCAAUCCAGAGAGGAGCACGCUGACAGCGAGUCCAACGAGAGACUCAGAUCCUCAGAGGAAAGCCCGGAGUCCACGGAGGAGGAGAACAGCUCCAGCCAGGAGAGCCUUGAGUCUCGCAGCAACUCUGCAGAGAGCCAGAGCCAGGAAAGCCAGUCAGAGGAAGCCAGUGAUUCUCGGGACAGCAGCAGGUCACAGGACAACAGCGACUCCACCCAGAGCAAAUCAAGCAGCGAGGAAGAUGACCCUUCCAAGGCCACGGAGAUAGAAAGCAGAAAACUCACAGUUGACACUUAUCACAACAAACCCAUUGGGGAUCAAGACGACAACGACUGCCAAGACGGCUAUUAGCGUCAGCUCUCCUGAGAAGCGGCUCUUAGGCAGGAGUCGGGGGCUCAAGAGGAGGGAAGUCUUUAUACCUGUAACUUAUUAAUGUUUUGGUCAAUGGGAUAAAUAAGAAGCCAUUUCUUUCUGGAAGAAAUUACUGGACAUUUUUCACUGGUUUUCAGGGUGUCACCAUUCCACUGGGGUUUGAAUCAAGUGGCAUAAUGCCCAGUGAUGGGACUGGAAGCAAGGACAGAUGUGCUUAGAGCUUCCUAGCAGAAAGCGUUCCCAGCACAUUAACGGAACAGCUCCUGGGGUUCUGUCAUGUGCCAGGCCCUGCACUUGGGGCUGGGAUGUAAAAAAGGAAAGACUCAUUUCUUGCUCCUGAGGAGCUAUAGAGUAGCCCAUAAAGCUAGAGAGGUGCAGGGAUACAUGUGAGGGGCCUCCAAAAGCUCACGGGAAAUGUGUAUGAAAAUAAAAAUGAAAAAAAAGCUAUGUACGUGUUUCAAAAAUAUUUUGCACCAACACACCCUCAGACUUCAAUUGCAUUUUCCACGAACUUUAUGAAGCCCCCUGAGUGAAAGAAACAAGAAUUGUUACCAUCCCGUGGGGUGAAUGAAAUUUGUAGGAGCACACAGAAGGGUGACCGGCUUUGCCUUGGAGAAUCAGG